AUGCAUAGAAAGGCACAGGAACCCACAGCCUCAACUGACUGCUCCGCUUUAGAUUCCAUUGAAGCAGCUAAAGCCAAGCAGAGUUCUUUGAGAGAACGCCUAGCUGCGAGACGCCAACUUUUGGCCUCAGUCACUCAUCCUACCAAAAAUUUAACUUCAAGUUCUUUACUAUUAACUGGUAACAGUGGAGUUGGCUCAUUUAACAAGUCCUUUGGUGUUAACUCAUCAGCUACCUCACUUUUUGGAAAUGCAUUUAAAAAGAAACGUGUUGACAGCAACCCGACGGAUGUGUCUCAAACAGUUUCAACCAACGCCCAAUCUAACAUGUCGUCGGUAUCUGGAUUGUCCAGCUCACCACCUAAUUGUUGUCCUAGUGAAAACAGUUCACAUAAUAAAUUAAAUACGAAGUUUUGUACCGAUGAUCUCCAAAAAAUAGAUAUUCCUACUGAUUUACCUGAUGAAUCCACCUCUUCUGGAAUGGAAAAUUCAUCGAAUAGACAAUUCAGUGAACAAUCUAAAGAUCGUAGUCAGCAUUCAUUGGAUUUAUGUUCAGAGAGAAAACCUGUAGCUUUAGUACAAAAAAAUGAUUCAUCAAAAACCGCUGGCACUAAACAACUUCAAGAUGAGUCAACACAGGAGAAAAAUAAGUCUACGGUGAAUAAAGUUAAUCCUGCUGGUCAAAAAGAAGGUUCUCAAAGGAUAGAACUUGAGUUGGAAAAUCUGUUGGGAGCUGAAACCACUCGUGAGAAAGAAAGUAAACGUAUUCGAGAAGAGGUUAUGGAAUUGCUGAAUAGACAGUCCACUAAAGAGAGAUUUCUCACAGAACGCUUUCGAACCCAGGGAGGUAGUCAAGUACAACAGUUUUGUUCACAUGGCACUCGGAUUGAAUGUUCAAAGGUCAAAGCUCGUACUGGAGAUAGAGAAAAGUGUACAAAACUUCAUUUUCGUAAAAUUAUACAUCCACAUACUGAUGAAUCUCUUGGAGAUUGUUCAUUCCUGAAUACAUGUUUUCAUGUAGACACUUGUAAAUAUGUUCAUUACACAAUCGACUAUUCAGACAGUGUUACUGCAUCACGUACUACUAAUCGGAAUUCAUUAAAUAAUGAACAACGUGAUAAUUGUACAACAACUACUUCCAACAGUAAUUCUGACACUGGAAAAACACAGACUACUUCAAACACAUUAGAUUCAACUGCUACUACAAAAGAGAAUGGAGCACCACUAAUUCUAUAUCCACCCCAGUGGAUUAACUGUGAUAUCCGGUUGAUAAAUAUGUCUAUUCUGGGAAAAUUUUCUGUUAUUAUGGCUGAUCCACAUGAUGAAAUGAGACGACUGGAUAUACCCUGUUUACAAGAUGAUGGUUACAUAUUCCUAUGGGUCACAGGCAGGGCUAUGGAACUUGGUCGAGAAUGUCUGCGUUUAUGGGGUUAUGAACGUAUCGAUGAAAUUAUAUGGGUGAAAACUAACCAGUUGCAACGCUUAAUCCGUACAGGGCGUACAGGACACUGGCUAAAUCAUGGCAAGGAACACUGUCUAGUUGGUGUUAAAGGUAAUCCAAAGGGUGUGAAUAGAGGUUUGGACUGUGAUAUUAUAGUCUCUGAAGUUCGUGAAACAAGUCACAAACCUGAUGAAAUCUACGGUAUUAUUGAACGAUUAUCUCCAGGUACACGUAAACUCGAAUUAUUCGGACGUCCACACAACUUGCAACCCAACUGGAUUACACUUGGAAAUCAACUGGACGGAACUUAUUUAGUUGAUCCAGCUGUUGUUGAACGAUUUAAAAAACAAUAUCCAAAUGGUUUGGAUGAGAAAGCUAAAUAA